UCACAACAACCAAAUGAAAUCCAUGGACCUCUCAUAACCUCAGCUUUCAACCUCAAUUAGCCUCACCAUUGCGAUUAUCGCAGCCCCCAUAUGGCGAUUCCAGUGGCCUCACCUUCUUCAUCCUUCAGCUUCACUAGCGAAACCAAGUUUAGAUAUGAAUAUGAUGUUUUUCUGAGUUUCAGAGGCGAGGAUACUCGCCGCUCCUUCACUGAAAUUCUCUACGAUGCUUUGCGACGUAAGGGAAUCAACGCCUUCAUUGAUGACAAGAAGCUUGGAAAAGGGGAAGAGAUCUCUCCUACGCUUCUCAAAGCCAUAGAGAGGUCCAGAAUUUCCAUUAUUGUCUUCUCUACCAAUUACGCUACUUCUACAUGGUGCCUAGACGAACUCGCCCACAUCGUCCGGUGUAUGAAGGAGAAGAAGCAGGUGGUGAUGCCCAUCUUUUACAAGGUGGAUCCGAUGGAUGUUCAGUAUCAGAGAAAUAGCUUUGAGGAAGCCGUGGCUGCUCUUGAAGAUAGAUUCAGCGAUGACCUGGAGAAAGUGCGAAAAUGGAGGUCUGCUUUGUCUGAAGCUGCUAGCUUGUCGUCAGCAUGGCUUUUUGAUGAUGGGUACGAGCUUGGAUUCAUUGAAAGGAUUGUCGAAGAUGCGUAUGCCGUGCUACCACCUAAGCGCUGCCAUAAAACUGAUCAUAUAGUUGGACUUGAGCCUCGUAUUGAGGAGAUAAUGUUACUUCUGAACAGAUCUGAUGAUCGGGUUUGUAUGUUGGGGAUUCAUGGAACUGGUGGGGUUGGCAAAACAACGAUUGCAAAAGCCAUCUAUAAUUCGAUCUUCUACCAAUUUGAAGGCUCGUGUUUUUUGUUUGAUGUCAAAGAAACAUCAAACAAGUAUCAGGGCAUUGUUCGCCUUCAACAGACACUUUUAUCAGAGAUUCUUGAAGAGAAGAGGAUGAAGUUUGGUAGUGUUGAUGAAGGAAUAUCAAACAUAAAACACAGACUCUCUGGCAAAAAGGUUUUGUUGGUUCUUGACGAUGUUGAUGAGGUUGAACAAUUAGAACAACUCGCUGGCAGUUGCGAUUGGUUUGGAUCUGGAAGCAAGAUCAUUAUAACAACAAGAAAUAAGCAAUUACUAAUAGCAUGUAAUGUUAAAAGAACAUAUGAAAUGAAGGAGCUAAAUUACCUUCACUCCAUUGAACUUUUUUGCUGGUAUGCCUUUGGUUUGAGCCAACCUAAGAGACGCUAUAAAGGCAUGUCAAUUCAUGUUAUAAGGUAUGUGCAUGGUCUUCCUCUGGCUUUAAAAUUAAUAGGCUCCAAUUUGGCAAAUAAAAGCAUUGAGGAAUGGAGAUCUAUAUUGAAGCAAUAUGAUGAGAUCCAAGAGAGAACUAUUAAUCAUGUACUUAAGAUAAGCUAUGAUUGCUUACAAGACGGUGCGAAGCGUAUAUUUUUAGAUAUUGCUUGUUUCUUUAAAGAGAAGAAAUUGGAAUUUGUUGAAGCAAUACUAGAAGCUUGUCAUUGUGGGGCAAGGUUUUAUAUUGAAGUUCUUGUUGACAAAUCUCUGAUAACUAUUCUUGAUCAUGGUUACUUGUACAUGCAUGAUCUAAUUCAACAUAUGGGCAGAGACAUUGCUAAAGAAGAAGCACCAUGUGAUCCUAGUGAAUGCAGCAGAUUAUGGUAUCACAAAGAUGUUCUCAAAGUACUGCGUGAAAACUUAGGAGGAAAUAAUAUUGAAGGAAUAGUUCUUGAUCCACCUCAACAAGAAGAAGUGGAGUGGAGUGGUUUAGCCUUUGAGAAGAUGAAUAAUCUUAGAAUUCUUAUUGUUCGCAAUACCAAAUUUUCAGCAAGCCCUAAAUAUCUUCCAAAUAGUUUAGUAUUACUUGAUUGGCAGGAAUAUCCUUCCAUGACUUUACCACGUGAUUUUUGUCCUCCAAAACUAAUUUGCUUCAAGAUAUACGGAAGCCCUUUUAGAUGGGAGGAACCACUCAAGCUUGAAUAUGUGACAUAUAUGGAUUUCUCGAAGUGUGAAUUCAUAACAGAAGUACCUGAGUUGUCUCGAUUUCAAAAUUUGAAAGAAUUGAGCUUUAGUGAAUGUCACAAUCUGAUCAAAGUCCAUGAUUCAGUAGGAUCUCUCCGUAAGCUUGUCGAAUUAGACGUUAGCAAAUGCAUCAAACUUGCAAGCUUUCCACAUGAAAUCAAGAUGCCAUCUCUUGAAGUUCUUAAUCUCAUUGAUUGCCAGAGUCUUGACUACUUCCCACACAUUGUGGGAAACAUGGAACCAUUGAUGUGUAUUCUUGCAGAUGGUAGUGCUAUUAAUGAGCUCCCAUCUUCCAUUGGAAAUCUUCCAAGGCUUGAGGUUUUGAGUUUAACAUCCUGCAAAAGUCUUAGGAAGCUUCCAAACAGCUUAUUGACAUUGCAUAAUCUUAAAGGGCUUAAAUUAGGAGGUCUGAAACUUCAUGGGAGAAAAUCUUUGAAGAAAUUAUUGCAAGAGAACCAACCACCAAUUAUGAGCUGCUCGAAGUUAGAUCGCUUGGAUCUCCAUGAUUGUGGUUUGUUGGAUGAAGAUCUUCACCUACCUCUGAAAUGUUUUAAGCAUGUGAAAGACUUGAUUCUAUCAUGGAACGAUUUUGUGUCACUUCCUGAGUGUAUUAAAGAGUGUGUUCACUUGAUGAACCUAGAAGUGAAUAACUGCAAGAGACUCAGAGAUAUUCCAGAGCUUCCAUCAAGAUUAGGGGACAUAAGGGCAGAGAAUUGCACAUCAUUAACUAUGGAGUCUUCGGGCCGUUUAUGGUCUCAGGCCAUAAAGUCCAAUCGCGUGACCAUCUCGAUGCCAGCAACAGCAUAUCCUGACUGGUUCGACCAUCGCUGUCAAGGAGGGAUGUUGUCUUUUCGUGUUCAUGGCAGAAAUUUCCCUCGUGUUGUCAUCGCAUUUGAGACAGGGAAGGCUAACAGAAAUAAGACAUGCUACUUUGAUGUCUUUAUGAUCAUCAAUGGCAGUAGCAAAAUGCCAUGGAUGCAAAUUGAUUUUCCAAUUCUAGGUGAAGGAGGUCGUGUUUUGGUUUCUUAUACUGAACAAGGUCAUGUGUUUUUCUCUGAUCUCCUCGGCGAAUUUACAGAAGAAGAGUUAGGGGGGCUUAAUAAAUUUCUGGAAUUGGAUUGGAAUGACGUGGAAAUUCAAGUUACAUGUGACUCAGAUGAUAUAGACAUAGUUAACUGUGGAGUUUAUGUCGACAAGAAGCAAACAAACAUGAAGAAUGUCCAGUUCAAGUCUUCUAGAACUUCACAGAAACGAAGAGCGAUAGCUUCUCUUCCUUCUGAACCACCCAAGAAGCUCCUGAGAAAGUUCAAGACUACUUCCAAAAGAAAUAUCAACAACACAAAGAAAAGGACAAGGAGAACUAAACCACAGCAUUUUCAUCCGUGGUACAGGAGGAGAAAGAUGUUUUUUCCAAUGGGUAAGAAUCCCUUGAGGUUUGUGUAUCAUUAUUAGGUAUUAAAUAUUCCAAUUGCGCGCCAUCCUACUGUGAGUCAAUUAAUUUCAAUGUCAAUUGCAAACGCAUUACAUAGUAAAUAAUUGCCUAUAUAUGUGACUAUGCGUCCACUCCAAAGAAAUUCGACAAGAAGUGUCUAAAACUUUAAACUCAUUUUCAUAUAAUGUUUCCCUUUAAUUUUUA